CGAUUUGGCCAUCUUUUUAGCAGGCAUAUCCAAUCUCGGACGUCUCUCUGUAUUUACAAUAAUUUGCAUGCAUGUAUAAAUAUGCAAUAACGCACGCAAUAUUUUGACAUUUGAUUUACAUCCAAUAUGUCGCGGUACAAGUAAAAUAAAGCUUAUCUUCUUCCCCCAAAUGCAUCAAUUGUUCUACAUGCAUUUUUUCAUUGAACUAAACCUAACCUCUCGGAAAUUCUGAUCGAUAAAACGAUCGCCUCCGUCGUUCCGGCAACUGUAUUAAUUAAUGUGCAAUUCGACGGGAAACGCCGUCAACUCACGGUUGAGGCGAUUCUAUCUUGUGGCUUAAACGAGUGCCUUAUUUGUUUUUUAGGAUAAUUGUAAAAAGAAAAGAAGCAUGGACGAGCCGAGUUUGUCCAGUCCGGAGGACGAAAAGCGAAUCUCGAGGAGCGAGGAGGAUCGUUCGUUCGACGAAGUGAUCGGUCAUAUCGAGGAUUUGUUGUUAGAGGAGGACUUUCAGGCCCUUCAGCACAAAUUUUUGGAAAAGUAUUGGGACGUUUUCGAACCGGUGGAAGACAACAAAUUAAUUUACACCGAUAUAUUCAACGAAUACAAUAAAGCCGUGGAGACGUAUUUUGUUGAUUAUCUAACGAAAGUCAUGCCGCAGUUCACAAUAGACGUUCUCUUGCACCAAUUAAACGAGAAGCAAACGGAGCUGGAAGGUGAAGUCUUCGAGGUAUUGUCAACGAUAACGGAUUUCUUGGCCUUUAAGGAAAUGUUCCUGGAUUAUAGAGCGGUGAAAGAAGGCAAGGUUGCAGAUCUCAGCUGUGGGAUAUCUGUAACGUCUUUGAAAUCCUGUAAUUUGGAAGACUGCAAGGAUCCACCGAGAUAGUACAAAUAAUUUUAGCACUGAGUCUUUCAGAUGGAAGCUAGAGGAUGUAAUAUGAGUGAGUAAAAACGGGAUUAAAUUGUGAUACAAACCGGGAAUAUUCAAAUAAAUCAAUCAUUGUGUUCAGUAUUUAUUAAAUUAAUGGAUUAUGUAUUUGCAAAAGUCUACAUUCGGUAUAUCACGUACAUUUACAAAUAGAAAUACAAAAAUAAUUCGAG